AUGUGUGUUGAUUAUGGGGGUGUUAACCAAUACAAGGCCAAGAUGAUUGGAUCAACAUUCUUGUUUCCUUUGUCUAUAUGGGAAUUUGAAACCUUGAACUUGUAUUGGUUAAUGUACAUUGAUCAAGGGGAUUAUCCUAUAUUCUUAUGUAUGCAGAAAAAACCUGUUAAAAUGUCGGUGCCACAAUUUGGAGGGUGGGAGCAUAAGUCCCCAGGAGUGCCUAGUGAUUACUCCAUGGUCUUCAACCAAGCUCGUGCAAACAAGAAGAAUCAGAAGAAUGACUUAUCUGAGGUCAAGCGUUUAAGCCUUGGGAAUGAAAGGGGCACCACAAAUCCCAAACAUCGUCAUGGUCAUGGUCACGGUCAUGGUCAAGGUCACGGUCACGGUCACGGUCACGGUCAUGAACAUGAAGAACCCCCUGUCAUGAGGAGAAAGAAGGGUCUGAAUUACAUGAAUUGCUGUAUUAUGGCUUAA